UUUCUACAGUUAAUAACACCAUGUCUGAUUUGUGUGUAUGUGUAUGUGUGUCUGUGUGCAUGUAUCUGUGUGUGUCUGUGCAUGUGCUGUGUGUGUGUGUGUGUGUGUGUGUCUGUGUAUGUGUGUCUGUGUGCAUGUCAGGUCCUCUACCGGUGGUCUCCAAGGGAACGCAUGUGAUCAUCCCAUUGGUUGAGGAGCUUGAGGACGAGUGCUGGGAAGCCAAGAUCGUGGAACAGGACGGCAACCGGAUCAAGCUGUCCGUCAACUCCCUACCGACUGCCCUGAUUGGUCGAUACCAGCUCACCGUGGAGACACACAGCCCCAAUGGGGAGGCCCGGUCCGCCCACGACCCCAGCAACGACAUCCACAUGCUGUUCAACCCCUGGUGCGAAAGUGACCCGGUGUUCAUGGACGACGAGGAGGAGAAGGAAGAGUACGUGCUGAACGACACCGGGAGAAUCUACUACGGCACCGAGGAACAGAUCGGAGAGCGCACCUGGAACUUUGGACAGUUUGAUGAAGGGGUCCUUGCUGCCUGUUUCUACAUCCUGGAGAAGAGUGGGGUGCCACCCUCAGGCCAGGGGGACCCUAUCAAUGUGGUCAGAGUGGUUUCUGCUAUGAUAAACUCCCCGGAUGACCGUGGGGUGCUGGAGGGGAACUGGUCGGGGGACUACACGGGCGGGACAGCCCCCACGUCCUGGAGCGGGAGCAUGGACAUCCUCAAACAGUACCACCAGCAGGGCGGCACGCCCGUCAACUACGGCCAGUGCUGGGUCUUCUCCGGGGUCACAACCACAGUCCUCAGGUGUCUAGGAAUCCCCUGUCGCAGUGUGACAAAUUUUAGCUCCGCCCACGACACGGACACCUCCUUGACAACAGACAUAUACCUGGAUGAGGAUCUGGAGCCGAUCGACCACCUGAACGGAGACUCGGUCUGGAACUUCCACGUGUGGAACGACUGCUGGAUGGCCCGGCCGGACCUGCCGGCGGGGAUGGGCGGGUGGCAGGCUGUGGACUCCACCCCCCAGGAGACCAGCCAGGGCACCUUCCGCUGUGGCCCCGCCUCCGUCACCGCCGUCCGCAGCGGAUUGGUCUACCUCAAGCAUGACACGCCCUUCGUCUUCGCCGAGGUCAACAGUGAUAAGAUCUUCUGGCAGAGGAAGAUCGACGGAACCUUCGAGCAGAUCCACAUGGAGAGGAAGGCAGUGGGGCACUGUAUCAGCACCAAGGCUGUGGGGUCGGAAAAGAGACAAGACAUCACACACCUCUACAAAUACCCGGAGGGCACGGAGGAGGAGCGCAUCGCCGUGGAGACCGCGUGCCGCUACGGCUCGAAGCCCGAGACCUACACGCCGGCGGCGGCGGAAGACGUGUCCGUGGAGGUGACCAUGGAAGGGGAGGGGCCCCGCAUGGGCGGCGACGCCCAGCUGACCAUCGUGCUGCGGAACAGCAGCGCCGAGCCCCGCAGUACCACCCUCCACAGCCAGGUGGCGGUCAUGUACUACACCGGCGUGCACAAGGCCACCGUCAAGAAGGACCAGACCCCCAUUGAGCUGCUUCCCAACGAAGUGAAGUCCCUGGACUGGGUUCUGGAGUACAAGCACUACCAGAACCAGCUGGUAGACCAGGCCGCCCUGAUGCUGACGCUCUCUGGUCGGGUGAAGGAGACCCAGCAGGUUCUGGCCACUCAGUACAAUUUCCGGCUGCGGACUCCGGACCUCAGCAUCGCGCCUGUAGGGGACGCCGUGGUGGGGAAAGAGAUGGCGGCCAAGAUCUCCUUCACCAACCCCCUGCCGCGCACGCUGAAGAGGGUGCUGUUCCGCGUGGAGGGCUUGGGCCUUCAGAGCGUGCGCGAGAUCACCAUAGGUGACGUGGGGAGCCACUCCACGGUGACCGUAACCGAGCACUUUGUGCCGCUGUUGCCGGGGCGGAGGAAGUUGGUGGCGUCGCUGGACUGCCGGCAGCUCACGCAGGUGCACGGCGUCGCUGACAUCGUCGUCCGGGAGAACUGAGCCCCGCGUCCGCCCGUCCGUCCGUCCGUCCGUCCGUCCGUCCGUCCGUCCGUCCGUCCGUCCGCCCUCGUCUCUGACCGACAGCUCGUCCUCCCUCUCCGUUUCCCCGGUCCCGAUGCCGUCUGUACCUGGAUCUGGGAUCAGCUGAAACGGGCUUCAUCUCCGAGGGCCAGUGACUGCCCUCACUGCAGGCUGCCCCGAGCUGACCCCAGGUGCCUGCCUUACGCCUCAGCGCUGGUCCUGCCCAAAUCACGUCCCCGUGUCCCUGCACCUCGUGCACAUCCCCGUGUCCCUGCACCUCGUGCACGUCCCCGUGUCCCCGCACCUCGUGCACAUCCCCGUGUCCCUGCACCUCGUGCAGAUCCCCGUGUCCCUGCACCUCGUGCACAUCCCCGUGUCCCUGCACCUCGUGCACGUCCCCGUGUCCCCGCACCUCGUGCACAUCCCCGUGUCCCUGCACCUCGUGCAGAUCCCCGUGUCCCUGCACCUCGUGCACGUCCCCGUGUCCCUGCACCUCGUGCACAUCCCCGUGUCCCUGCACCUCGUGCACAUCCCCGUGUCCCUGCACCUCGUGCAGAUCCCCGUGUCCCUGCACCUCGUGCAGAUCCCAGGUGCUGUCGGGUCGACUUCUACGGCUAUGAUCAACACAACUGAUGAUGCUUUGACUUGUUUUUUUGCCAGAUUUUGCUACUGGGAUGUAUUUCAUUUGUCUUUUAUUAUAUUUUUGUACCUAGUGGUCGAUAACCAGUUAUCUCAACUGACAAUUUUGCAUGUCGUUUUUGAAGAAAUGCUUCUUGCUGGGAAAUGCUGCUUAUGGGGGAAAGUCAGUCCCUGGUCCCCUGGGAUAUACAGUACUUCCGUCUGGACGGUCUCAAGAGCACAUCUGCCCUGUUCCAAUGUGCCCAUUACCCAGAAUGCCAUCGGGCACAUUGGAACAGGGCAGAUGUGCUUGCUGGCAUUCCUGGCUGGUAUUCCUGGCUGGUAUUCCUGGCUGGCGUUCUGAAGUACCAUUCGGAAUCUCAAACAGGUGGGAUGAAGCAUGCGUGUAAAUUCCCUGGAAGCUUUGGGGGGGGGGCAGCACGGACCCGUCCUAAGCAGUUUCAUGCUGCGUGAAUAACGUCUGUCACGUUUAUUGGUAAUGUUAUUCAUCAGCAUAUAUCAUUUUAUCGUACUUGAAUAGACAUUCUCUUCGAGAAGCUGAGGGCCAAUUUUUAAAUGCUUCAGUGGGUUAGAUACAAUUGGGCAGAGGUGACGUGCAUACUUUACUCACCGAUAUUAACUACACAUGCCAAAGGUGUGGGCGGAAAAUGCUGAUGUGUUUGAGAUAUCACGCUGCGGAGAUAUACUAUGCAUUCACGAAAACUGCAGUAUUGACGUCACACUCUGUGGUUUUCUGAGACUGCGGUGAAAAUGUCACGUGCAAAUGCGGUCAUCCCGUAUAAAUACUGACCGAAUGUCGGAAAUGUCCAAAGGAGGAAAAUAGAUACCAGUGUUAAGGUUCAACUGAAGUUUUUUUUUCUGUGCUGUGGACUGCAGUGGCCUGAAUUGCGUAACGGUUCUGAUGUCACAAUUCUGAGAUGAGUGAUGUCACAAUUCUGAAAUGAUUGAGGUCAUAAUUCUGAAAUGAGUGAUGUCACAGGGGUUUAGUCUCCUUCCCGGACAGGAAUCAAAGACCCCUUUCCCACGGGCAAAUGCGUACCACUGUUCUGCUCUCUGUCGGCAUGAACUCCCAACCCAGACGUCUGAUUUGCUGUGUCUGUCUGUCUGUUCGUCGGUCAGACAUAACCAACCUGCCUGAUGUUUCUUAGCACCAGUGGUAAGGUAGCCUCCCAACUGCCCAACCAGACACGGCCUCCUAAUUAAAGACCUGGAACAAUCACAGACUAUACUCAUCAAGUUAAAGACCCAGGACAGCCAAUCACAGACUCCCCACAGCGCUGACAAUCCAGGGCCAUGUUCAUCCCCCACGAAGCGUAGCAAAUCAUUUAUUUAAACAGAAACAGAGGCGGAUUGAACAUCCUGUUGCAAACCCUGGCCGGACUGACUGACAUAGUACAGUUUGCUCCCGACACACCCACCAAACGGGAGCGAACACACCUCAAAGCCUGUCGCGAAACGCCGCACACCGUUGGGAGGAAACGUAGCGCUCUACAGAGAAACCGCAGCAAAACGUGCCCUUGGCCUCCAGCGUGGGCAGCCAAUCACGUUCAGUGUCAUGGGAUCAUCACUGAUCAUGUGUGUCGACAUUGAUAAACUGUUGUUUUUUAAAUUUGUAUUGUAAUAUACAUGUGAAUAUUAAUAAUAAUUUCCUUGUUACAUCCUCA